AAAAAACUUUAACAAAUUUUCUCAUUUGAAACAAAAAGAUAUGAAUAUAAAUAUGUAUGUACAUAUGUAUGUAUGAAUGCAUAAAUUGAUACGCGCGCGUCUAUGCAAAAUAAAAUAAACACAAGUGUGGUGAUGAACUAAAAAAGAGACUAAUAAAUAAAUAAAAAUUGCGUUAAAUAGAAUAAAUACAUAAUUUUAAGAAUUUAUUAAUAAUAUCGCAUAAACGAUGUUUAUUAGUUGAUACAGCAACAGUUGGUAGCAAUCUAAACAAAAAUGUCGAAAAAGCCACGCGGCAAUAUACAUAAAGUACGUGAAUUUGAUUUGGAAAAGAUUCAUUUGGUAGACGAAUUCGAUAUAUUGCAAAUUGUCGGAGAAGGAUGGUUUGGAAAAAUUCUUUUGGUAGAACAUCGAGCUUCUCAUACGGAAAUGGUUUUAAAAGCUGUUCCUAAGCCUUAUGUAUCACUUAGAGAUUUUUAUCGCGAAUUCCAUUACGGUUUACAUUUGGGUAUACAUCGAAACAUAGUGACCACAUACGAUGUGGCAUUUGAAACGGCUGGCUUCUACGUAUUCACACAGGAAUAUGCACCGCUUGGAGAUCUGACAUCGAAUGUCACCGAUACUGGGGUGGGUGAAGUAUACAGUAAACGUGUGGCUAAGCAGAUAGCAGCCGCCCUAGAUUAUAUACAUUCAAAAGACAUAGUUCAUCGGGAUGUUAAGUUGGAUAAUAUUCUUAUAUAUCGUUCAGAUUUUUCGCGUGUGAAAUUAUGCGAUUUCGGUGAAUCUUACCAGAGCGGUACUAUAGUGGAGAGACGUAACGAGUGGUUGCCGUAUAGUCCGCCCGAAGUAUUAGACAUAAAAGCAGAAGAAACCUAUAAAGCCGAUCCCAGUCAUGAUGUAUGGCAAUUCGGAAUAGUGCUAUUUGUUUGCUUAACGGGUUGCUUACCUUGGCAGAAAGCAGCCUCAGAUGAUCCCCGUUAUGUCCGCUAUUUAUUAUGGCAAAGUAGUAUGAUGUUGGCGCUGCGUCGUACGCCAAAACUUUUUAAACUUUUAACCUCACGUGCUCAGCGUAUGUUUAAGCGUUUUUUAGAGCCGAGAGCUGAUCGCAGGCCGAAGAGUUUGGCGGAUCUUAGCAAAUAUAUGGAUGAUCGUUGGUUGGCGAAGACCGCUGAAAAAGAAAUGGCCGAAUACGAAACCGACGAAUUGUGUCCGUCGAUGUAUUCCUUUCACAGCAGUCCGGACGAGAAAAAUCGUUUGCUGUUUAACUUGGCCGAUUGCGGCAUUGAAACCAAUGUGGAUCGUAUGAGUAAAAAGAAUCGCAUAAAGGAGUGGAUUGAAUCUUCCGUGAUAAACGAGGAAGAAGAAGAAGAAUUCGAUGAAAAUAAUUCGGCGUCCUCGCCCUCAUCUUCAGUUUCUCGAGAACCGGUCCGCGGUCAUAUUUCUUCGCUGCGCCCUUCUACGAUGGAAAAGCCUAAAGAAAUUAAGACUACCCUUAAAGAUGCCUCACAGAAACAUUUUGAUCCACGCACUGGUGUUCUGCAACAAGGGCCUAGUGAAAUGGGUGUAACACAGCGCCCCAAGUCAACCAGUCCCUAUUCCGUAGCUAGCAGUAAUUUAUCCACUAUGAACAAUCACGACAGCUUGGCUGGCAGUUUAUUAACCUUGGGAUCACGACCCGACUUGCUGGCCAGCAAUCUGGACAUGUAUAAUUCCAAUAACAACGAUUUGCAACGUUCAGGUGAGCUUAACCAAUUCCCUUAUGACAACGAUUAUCAAGCAGCUCGGCUUAGCAACAAUAGUUUAGUAUUAACAACAGCACUCGAGGAGCCCGUAUAUGCUAAUUUCGAACGCUUUAUACCUAAUAAAAACUCAAUAGGAGUGGGCACUUCCGCUGGAACAGCACCAAAGCAAAAAAGCAUAUUGCAUCGUUCGAAAUCAGAUUCGGUGAGAACAGCUCUUUUCUCAAGCACGCCUGCUCUCGAUCACUUUAGCACUGCAGAGACUAACAACAAUAACGUUAAUAUAGCACAACAAAAUUUUCAAACGCUCUCUGACAAUAAAUCUGUAACCUUCACGGGUAUAGCUAAUUCGUUUCAGGGCAUAGUUCCUUCUCUAAUUACGCCUCUAAGCAGUCAGCAGCAAAGCAAUAACGCUUUCAGUGUUCAUCAAUCUACUCAAACUAAUAUGCAACAGCAGCAAUAUUUUAAUCGUUCCUUUAAUGAUUCACAAGUCAAAGACAGUGCCUAUGGUUCCUUCGAAUAUAACGAUGCCUCAUCAUCAACGUCCACCCUACCAAUAAAUAGCAAUUCAACGCGAAUGCCGAUCGUCCAAAAUAACGUUCCAUCGAAUGGAAUUCGACUCCCUAUGGUAUCGACACAAAGCUUUCAACACCAACAACGUGGCUUACAAGAUAGCAGAUCACCGACGAAUAGCAGUAUGAAGGAUACUGCAUACGAUCGAAUUAAUAACAAUAGCGUUAAUAAUAGCGUGAGAAGACGAAGAUGA